AAAAAAAAAGGGGGGGGGGAGGCUGCAUUGGUGCAAUGCCGCAGGCUGGUGGCGAGGCGCAGAUUGUACCAUUUCCUCGGGCUCCCCUCCUCAUGCACUGCGGCGGAGGCUGCCCCCCCCUCUUCUUUUUUCCUUUUUUUUUUUUUUUUUUGCACGACAAAUAGCGGCCAGAUCAUAACAAGAUUAGGACAACCCGGCAAAGCCCUGCAUGCCUGACCCGUCUGGUCGGAAAAGGCAAGCGGACGCCGCCACCACCACCACCACCACCACCACCCCAAGCCCAACCAUGUCGGUUGCCUUUGCUUCUGCACGCCCGAGAGGCAAAGGAGAGGUCACCCAGCAAACUAUCCAGAAGAUGUUGGAUGAAAAUCACCAUCUGAUACAGUGCAUCAUGGACUAUCAGAGCAAGGGCAAAACAGCAGAAUGUACUCAAUACCAACAAAUCUUACACAGAAAUCUGGUUUACUUGGCCACCAUAGCAGACUCUAAUCAGAAUAUGCAGUCCUUGCUGCCUGCUCCACCAACACAAAACAUGAACCUCGGCCCAGCUGGAAUGAGUCAGAGUGCCUCCAAUCAGUCUCUCCAUUCACAGAGCAAUCUCAGUGAUGCAAUCAGCACGGGGCUUCCAACAUCGUCUCUCAUGCAGAGUCAGAUUAGCAAUGGUCCCAACCAUGUGUCUAUGCAGCAGUCAGGCCAGAGUACUAUGCCCACGACUUCCCUGAGCAUGACUCUCAGUAGCCAUGGAACUGGGCCCAGUUAUAGCCACACGGUGCCUGCAUCUCAGAGCGUUGCCAUGCAAGGCCAGGGAUCGAUCGGCAACUAUGUCUCGCGAGCAAAUCUCAGCAUGCAAUCCAACCCAGUUUCCAUGAUUCACCAGCAAGCAGCAACAUCACAUUACAACUCCCCGCAAGCGGGAACCCAACAUUACCAAGGGCAGUCUUCCAUUGCCAUGAUGAGCCAGAGUAAUCAAGGGAACAGCCUCAUGGGGCAGCGGCCAAUGGGCUCUUAUCGAGCUUCACAGCAAGGUUCUUCUCAGCAGUACAUGGGUCAGGAGGAAUACUACAGUGAGCAGUACAGUCAUGGGCAAGGAUCCUCAGAACCUAUGAACCAGCAAUAUUAUCCUGAUGGCCACGGUGAUUAUGCGUAUCAGCAGUCGUCUUAUUCUGAGCAAAGCUAUGAUCGAUCAUUUGAAGAUUCCACACAGCACUAUUACGAAGGAGGGAAUUCCCAAUACAGCCAGCAACAAGCCGGAUACCAGCAAGGAGCUGCCCAGCAGCAAACGUAUUCCCAACAGCAAUACUCAAAUCAACAAAGUUAUCCAGGACAGCAACAAGGAUAUGGACCUGCCCAAGGAACGUCAUCACAGUAUUCUAGCUAUCAACAAGGACAGGGCCAACAGUAUGGAAGCUACAGAGCUUCACAAACUGGACCAUCUGCGCAGCAACAGAGGUCUUACGGCUAUGAACAGGGCCAGUAUGGAAACUAUCAGCAAUAAAAUGACAAGCGCCUGUGUCAAAUUUGUUUCAAUAUUUAUGUCCAUUUUUUUGGAACUUGGAUGUAUGGGCAAGUCUUUUUUUUUUCUUCUUCUUCUUCUUUUUAAAUGAUUGAUGAUUGAUGGAUCGUAAGAUGUUGGAUACCGCUGUAGCACAAAGAAGCGUUUGUAUGUGAAAUAGUAUUCAUUUCAUGCUGGAUAUGGAACAGUGCAUUACAGUACUGGCAACGAGGCGAUGUUUGAACGGUCUGGUACAUUUUGGUGCCGUUGUUAAUAAUCCUUGCAGAGGUUCUUCCGUCACUUCUUCCCACUUCCUCUUUUGACGUACGAAACCUGUUUGAGAAACCAAGAGGUCAUACAGCUUUUGUUGACCGGAUGAUUAUUAUUUUUUUCACAAGAUCAUCGACAACCUAGCAUCCUUCGGAUCUGAUGGACCGCCAAGCAGCUGGAAGAUGUUUGUGGGUUGUGUGACAAGCACAUCACUGAAUAUAUCUCUUGCUUUCUGUUCACCCAACUGGUUUGGCAUCGGAAUAUCCGAACCCAGAUGUGUUUCAAUUAUUCUGCGUGCAAUUCCUUUGAAAUGCAUUGGUCUCCUUUUAGAUUCUAAUCGGGCCCAAGGUAUUCUGAAAAGUAUUUAAUUGAAGACGUUUCACUUCUCAUCCAAGAAGCUUCCUCAGUUCUGAUUGAAUGGUGGAGAAGGGAAGGAUUUAUAUUCCUUUCAUUCCCAAGCACUUUUAACCUGGGUAACUGAGAAUCUCCAUAGACAAAUGUACAUUGAGCUUUUAGCAAAAACUGCUUAAUUUUCAUACUGUGAUUUUGAGUUUUUUUCCCCCAGCAGAUUAAAAUUAUUGUGUAUUAAAAUACACAUUUAUUCUGUGUAUUUUCACCUUAGUUAACCCACCCACUCCCCCAAAAAAACAACCCACUGAUCUUUUUCUGACAGUCAGCAAUAUUACCAGGACAUAUAUUUGCACUCUGGAAGGCCAAAAUGCAGAUUUUUUUUUAAAUGCUCCUCAACUCAAGAUUCUUUGUUUAGCAGUGGGUGAACUGAGUCAUAAGUUGGUAUGUAUAGAAUUGGCUUCACAAAGUUUGUAAUGUUGUAUCCUCAGAAGAAUACAAAGCAGAUUUAACAAACUAUGUUUGAAGAAUUCCAGAGUCACAUUGUAGGGAAGAUGGGUGGCAUAAAAAUGUAAUAAAUAAAAUUCUGGCUUAGCAUUAUAAAUAAAUACAGCAUGUGUUCAAGUGAACAGGGACUGUUACUCUAGAGCAGGGGUAUCAAAUUCAAGGCCCCGGGGCCGAUGCAGCCCAUAGGGCCGCACUGGAAACAAUGAAGGACCGGUCGAUGGUGCUUCUGCCGGCGAAAACGGAGCCCCAAGCUCUGUUUUUGCUGGCAGGGGGUUGCAGGAGGCCAUUGCAGCCGGAAAUGGAGAUUGGGAGCCCCGUUUUGGCUGGCAGAGGGCUUGGGUUACCACAGGUGCCCCCCUGGCCACCCCCCCCCCCGAGGUCAAACAUAACCCUGAUGCGGCCCUCAAUGAAAUUGAGUUUGAAACCCCUG